UAAUUUUAGAAAUCCGUCGCAUUCGUGUCUCUGUUUCGCGACGAGGAGGCAGAUCCCGCCGAUGUUUCAUUAAACGCACAAUCGAUCGGUUCUGAUAACGAUUAGCGGUAAUGUCUCUGACGAGAAAAGGAAACAUCACGCUCGAUGAAUUUCGUCGUGCCGUACAUAACGCCGUCUCGCAGGAGGAGUCGCUCGCGACUCGAUUGGCGAAGCUAUCCGCGUCGGGCGACAGGCGAGGAAUGAUCGGGAUGCUUGUAGAAAUGCCCUAUGUGGCGGACUUGAAACUGGGUGAUUCAUACGAGGGUAAGGAUGAUGCGCAGGCCGCGCGGCUGUACGAGAGAUCGUUCGGGGCGACGAUGGAGCCCAGAGACGAGCACGCCGAGGAGAUUAAAACCUGUAAUAUUCUCACGCAAGCACUGUUUGCGGCUGGUGCGAACAGUAGAGUGUUUCUAGAUGCGAUCUGCGAGCGCGCUAGACGCUUCUACAGCCUGCGCGCUUACGCGAGCUGCCUGCGAGACUGCGACUGCAUGUUGGCGCUUUCCGCGAGUCUCUAUGACAACUCCGCGGAGAACGUUAAGUACUUCGUGCAACGUAGGAAGGAAUGCCUUCAACUAGAGCGGGAGUGUUCCCGGAAGUUGGAAGCCACGUCCUCCAGGAAACGCGGCGCCCGUGGAAGGACAUCUUCCACCUCCUCUUCCUCUUCCCGUUCUUCUUCCAGCAGCGCAUUGCCCACCGUCGACGGCAAGCCGCACAGCUGUCUCACGAGCUGUUCGGAUGGCGUUGAGCUGCGAUUCGACGAGACCAGGGGCCGGCACCUCGUGGCUGCAAGAGACAUCAGACCGGGGACUGUACUCAUUGUCGACCGGCCGUUUUCCUUUAGCACGGAUCCACCGGCUCUCGGCAGGAAUUGUUUGCAUUGCCAUGCCACACUUAAAUUAGAAGACAGCGUUAGAAUUCCGUGCCGUGAUUGCCAAACAGUGGCCUUUUGCACAGAAACGUGUCGCAAAGAAGCGUGGGAAAAGUAUCACCGAUACGAGUGUUCAGUAUUCAAUUACUUUUUCAAAAAUUCAAACAACGAACGUCAACAAACAUCCUAUCUCUUGCUGGCUUAUCGUAUGACGGUCACACAAGCGUUAUCGCUAUCAAACAGCGCUACAUGCGUUUUGAAUCCUGAUUUCCUACGAUAUCACGCUAACGGUAACGCAAAAGAUAAAGAUGAUGACAUUAGCAAGGAAUGCGCGGACUUGGGAUCGAAGGAGACGUAUAGUCCUCUCGAUUACCGAACGGUGUUUCAACUGGAGACUCAUUGCGCCGAUGUCGAACAUAGCGUGAAUCUCAUUCGCGCCAUCGAGGCGAUCUUUCUUGCGAAAUGCUUGAUCUCGGUUUUGAACAAACUGGACGUCGUCUGCACGAGGGAGACGUUCGUUUCGUUGGCUGUGGCUAUGCUGCACCAUUUGCAGGCGAUUAACUGCAACGCAUAUGAGAUCAUCGAGAACGUCCACGACGAGGCAACGCGUGUCUGGGAGCCUAGGAACAUCGGUGCGGCGAUUUACACCACGGUCAGUCUCGUGAAUCACAGCUGUUAUCCCAACGUGGUUCGCCACUCCUAUCCAAAUGGAAUAGUCGUGGUCAGAGCAUUGCGCUUCAUCGGCAAAGGAUGCGAGAUACUCGAUUGCUACGGACCUCACUUUCUCAGCGAGAGCAAAUUGAACAGGCGUGAGUUCUUGUGGAAGAAGUAUCGAUUCCUGUGCGGAUGCGACGCCUGCAAGCAAAACUGGAAACUUCCGCUACCCGAAACGACGUGUUACAAGUGCGCGGCGUGUUCGGAAUCGACGGGUCUCUCGAUCACGAACGCGAAGGUGACGAAUCAUCGGUGCGCCAAAUGUGAGAAAAUGAUUGAUUUGAAAAGAAUCGAGAAGCAACUUCAAAAAUCGAUUCAAAAGAGACUGAGCGCCAUCGCGAAAAUGUAUGAGGGGAAUUACAGAGACGCGAUGCCUCUGCUAUUCGAGCACGCGGACUUUGUCAACAAACACUUGGCUGAACCGAAUAUCGAAGGUAUCAAAACAGAACAAUGUAUCGUCCAGUGUUACAAUUCUCUUGGCUCUAUUUCUGUGUAAUACUCCCUUAGUCGGUUUAUAACA